AAUUUGAAAGAUGCUAGCAUAUCAAUAGUAACAAUAGGAAUAGGUCUGGCAGAUUUACACGAAAUAACAGCAAUGGCCAGUCAGCAUGAUUUUGUGUUUAACAUAAGCAACUUUGAUGUCUUAAGCAUAAUCAAUAAAGACUUGUUGCAAAUUACUUGUGACAUAUCUAAUGUCUUCACAAACCAAACAACUAAAGCAUCUACAACAAGGGCCACAACAAGGGAUGUAUCAACAAGUCAAAGUAUUACUACCUUGCUUGUCACCGAAACACCAUCCACUCAAGCAUCAUCAUCAUUAGCUAGUGCCACCAGUAUUUCUCCUAGAACAACAACUGUACAACUUGCUACCUCUACAGGAACUUUGGUAACCAAUGGGUCAAUAAGUACUUCUAGUGCACCUGCUAAUAUAUCAUUUGAAGAUACACCUGCUCCACUACCUGGAGAUGUUGUUGUUUCUUGUGGAAAUUCCAGCAAGGCAGACAUAAUAUUUCUACUUGAUGCAUCGUCCAGUGUAACAGAACCAAACUGGAAAAAGAUUGUCAAAUUUUCAUCCGAUUUGGUUCUGAACUUUACUUUUGGUUCUGAUAGCAAUCUGUUUGGAGCAGUCAUUUUCAACUCACAGGCUACCAAGAAAUUUGAUCUGAACACCUAUCAUAAUAAAACUGCAGUUGCUAAUGCUCUACUGGCUAUACCAUAUCCUUUCACCAGUGGCACAAACACUGCUUCAGCAUUGUCCUUUAUACUGACAAAUAACACAUUUGGUACAUCCAGCGGAGGCAGAGAUGAUGCUCAAAACAUUCUCAUAGUCAUAACAGAUGGACAAUCCUCCAAUCCUAAUCAAACAAUCAUAGCAGCUCAGAAUUUGAAAGAUGCUGGCAUAUCAAUAGUAACAAUAGGAAUAGGUCUGGCAGAUUUACACGAAAUAACAGCAAUGGCCAGUCAGCAUGAUUUUGUGUUUAACAUAAGCAACUUUGAUGUCUUAAGCAUAAUCAAUAAAGACUUGUUGCAAAUUACUUGUGACAUAUCUAAUGGCUUCACAAACCAAACAACUAAUGCAUCUACAACAAGGGCCACAACAAGGGAUGUAUCAACAAGUCAAAGUAUUACUACCUUGCUUGUCACCGAAACACCAUCCACUCAAGCAUCAUCAUCAUUAGCUAGUGCCACCAGUAUUUCUCCUAGAACAACAACUGUACAACUUGCUACCUCUACAGGAACUUUGGUAACCAAUGGGUCAAUAAGUACUUCUAGUGCACCUGCUAAUAUAUCAUUUGAAGAUACACCUGCUCCACUACCUGGAGAUGUUGUUGUUUCUUGUGGAAAUUCCAGCAAGGCAGACAUAAUAUUUCUACUUGAUGCAUCGUCCAGUGUAACAGAACCAAACUGGAAAAAGAUUGUCAAAUUUUCAUCCGAUUUGGUUCUGAACUUUACUUUUGGUUCUGAUAGCAAUCUGUUUGGAGCAGUCAUUUUCAACUCACAGGCUACCAAGAAAUUUGAUCUGAACACCUAUCAUAAUAAAACUGCAGUUGCUAAUGCUCUACUGGCUAUACCAUAUCCUUUCACCAGUGGCACAAACACUGCUUCAGCAUUGUCCUUUAUACUGACAAAUAACACAUUUGGUACAUCCAGCGGAGGCAGAGAUGAUGCUCAAAACAUUCUCAUAGUCAUAACAGAUGGACAAUCCUCCAAUCCUAAUCAAACAAUCAUAGCAGCUCAGAAUUUGAAAGAUGCUGGCAUAUCAAUAGUAACAAUAGGAAUAGGUCUGGCAGAUUUACACGAAAUAACAGCAAUGGCCAGUCAGCAUGAUUUUGUGUUUAACAUAAGCAACUUUGAUGUCUUAAGCAUAAUCAAUAAAGACUUGUUGCAAAUUACUUGUGACAUAUCUAAUGGCUUCACAAACCAAACAACUAAUGCAUCUACAACAAGGGCCACAACAAGGGAUGUAUCAACAAGUCAAAGUAUUACUACCUUGCUUGUCACCGAAACACCAUCCACUCAAGCAUCAUCAUCAUUAGCUAGUGCCACCAGUAUUUCUCCUAAAACAACAACUGUACAGCUUGCUACCUCUACAGGAACUUUGGUAACCAAUGGGUCAACAAGUACUUCUAGUGCACCUGCUAAUGUAUCAUUUGAAGAUACACCUGCUCCACUACCUGGAGAUGUUGUUGUUUCUUGUGGAAAUUCCAGCAAGGCAGACAUAAUAUUUCUACUUGAUGCAUCGUCCAGUGUAACAGAACCAAACUGGAAAAAGAUUGUCAAAUUUUCAUCCGAUUUGGUUCUGAACUUUACUUUUGGUUCUGAUAGCAAUCUGUUUGGAGCAGUCAUUUUCAACUCACAGGCUACCAAGAAAUUUGAUCUGAACACCUAUCAUAAUAAAACUGCAGUUGCUAAUGCUCUACUGGCUAUACCAUAUCCUUUCACCAGUGGCACAAACACUGCUUCAUCAUUGUCCUUUAUACUGACAAAUAACACAUUUGGUACAUCCAGUGGAGGCAGAGAUGAUGCUCAAAACAUUCUCAUAGUCAUAACAGACGGACAAUCCUCCAAUCCUAAUCAAACAAUCAUAGCAGCUCAGAAUUUGAAAGAUGCUGGCAUAUCAAUAGUAACAAUAGGAAUAGGUCUGGCAGAUUUACAGGAAAUAACAGCUAUGGCCAGUCAGCCUGAUUUAGUGUUUAACAUAAGCAACUUUGAUGUCUUGAGUAUAAUCUAUGAAGACUUGUUGCAAAUUACUUGUGACAUAUCUUAUAGCACCACAGACUUAUCAACUUCAGACUGGCACAAUGGCGAGAUGAUAUGAGAUCUAAUGGUUAUUUAAAUAGAAUGAGCUAUCAGUAAAGGUGUGACUAUAUUUACAGCCAACACCCUGGGUGUUAGGCUAGAAUGUAUCUGAGACAUGUAAUGGCAGGCUUAAUAUUUCUAAUUGUGCUGUCAGAUCAAGCAAGCUCCGCCCAUGGCAAGGACACGGCACGCACCUGUCAUCCUUACAAAGCGUACGAGAGAACGUCCGUUUGGUGGCCCAAAGCACAAGACCAGACCGAGGCGGCCCGCGAUCCCGGACCUAGUGGCGACAUGAACAUGACUGUGUUGAAAGAUAUAGAUGAAGAUGUUGUGGUGUUUACGAUAGAGGUUCAACCUGUCUCCCAGGGCGAAGACAUAGAUUUACAUACGGCCAACUACACUGUUGAGGAGUAUAUCCUGUAGGUCUACUUUAUGCACUUAAGAAAUGAUUCCUGCAAUGUCUUUCCAACUUUAAAGUAUCUUUCUGUGAAUUCCCAUUACAAGACGUAACAGAUUCCAAAAAUCAAAGUCUUGUUCUAAAACCUGACAAUUUCACAAACACAAGUCUCAGUGUAACCUGUGGUUAUAAUACAAACUUUAGUUCAAUACAGUGCAACAAAUCUGACAAUUCUAGCGCCACCCAGCUUGGUAUAUUUAACAUAGACGUCCAUGAAGCCAACAGAACAAACAUAACUAUUUUCUUGAACUGGAAGAGCUCACUGGAAGUUACAGAACUACGAUGGGCUGAUUUUUUAGACGUGCACUUCGUCUGUCUGGCAGACGACAAGGCAGGUGACUUAGUGAAGAUGUCACUUCCACUCCAAAUCGCCGGAGCGUCCAUGGCGCUGGUCAUCAUUAUCAUGUUUACCAUCACGGUGUGCCGUAGUUUCAGGAGAAGGCGUCAACUGGAAGAGAAGCUAAAGUUAAUACCGGAAACGGAAGUGGAGCUGGAGCACACGAAGACUUUUUCAAGCCAAAUUCGUCUCAUUACAGACACCACUGACAAACCUGUACCUGAAGAGAACACAAUUGUUGUUAAAUUCUAAACAUUAUUGAUUCGUUCUGAUGUCUAUUGAAUUUAUAAGAGGAAGCACACUACGUCAUUCUGAAGAGAUAAAUGCCUUAUUAAGAAAUCCAUUUCGUAAGCCAGAUCUACUGCUAGUUAUGUAAUAAAUAUUUGUUGUAGGUAAUGUUAGUUCAAAUAUUGUAUGUUGCUUAACAAGUAAUUUACUUUAUAAAUAGACCUUCUAGAUGUCGAUGUAUCAUGCGAGUGAUAUGCUUAUUGUCAAAAGUUGAUAUUGUGAUAAAUGUUUAGAUACACAUUGGAUGAUAUAAUGUGCAAUAGUUCUGUACUCUCUAAUUCGUGGGCCAAUUAAAUUAAUAACAGUCCAGGUUAAAAAAAAAACAGAUUAUAAUAAUUUUUAAA